AUGUUCUCAGUCCAUGGCAUUCCUGACACCAUUAUAUCUGACAAUGGUCCCCCUUUUAACGGAGACGAAUAUGCACGAUAUCUGAAAGCCCUUGGUAUUCAAGCUACGUUUUCAACACCCUACUGGCCCCAAGGUAAUGCUACAGUUGAACGAUUUAUGCGACCGUUAGGAAAAGCGCUCAAGACAGCGACACUCGAAGGACGACCAUGGAAACAAGAAUUGAACCGUUUUCUUUUACAAUAUCGUACCACUCCACAUUGCACUACAGGAGUACCUCCAUCAGAACUGUUGUUUAACCGAGUGAUAAAAGGAAAAUUACCAGUUAUAAACAGCAAGAAGAUUGUCGAUCGACAUAAAGAAGCUCGAGACAAUGAGAAAACACGACAAGAACGCAACCGAGAAUAUGCAAAUCAAAGGAGAAACACAAGAAAAAGUGAUCUACAAGUUGGAGAUUAUGUACUGGUUAGACAAGAAAAGAAAAACAAACUAACUGCGAAUUUUAAUCACAAACCGUAUAAAGUGAUAAAGAAAACUGGUUCAGAGAUACUUGCCCAAAGUAAAGAUGGUCAUAUUGUGAAACGGAACGUGUCACAUUUCAAUCUAAUAAAUAAACCACGAGAAGAAGACACUGAUGAUGAAGGUUGUGAUUAUGAAGAAAACUCGCAGGACAAUCAGCCAUCCAUCAGUAAUGAAAACAACGAAGUACCAGGAAGAUCAAGCCGAAUUCGAAGACCACCGAAUCGAUACGGACAUAGUGAAUAUCCGUCAAAUCUAAUAAACUAA